ACCAUGUGUUUUAUUAUCUUUUGUAGAUAUGGAGCUGGAGCUACCUAAACGAUUAUAUGCAGAGGGUUCAGAACCUCGGGUUAAGAAGAUCAACAACAGUUGCCGCAUGGAACUUAUCAGAGAUCUGAAGAAAGCUAUGUGUGCAGAGUACGAUGAUGUGAAGAGAGAUCCUGUUUUCACACAUAUCAUGGCUAUUGCCGAAAAUGAUCUCAAGUUCUCUGGGAAACUAGUGGAUAGCUUCAUAUGUAGACAGCUGAUUACCUCAAAGCUGCAUGAGAAGUGGUUUGUUUUUGCGAGGACGCCUCUCCGGUUUUCGCUUCAGGAGUACCAUGCUGUGACAGGCCUCAAGAUUACACGGGAAACUAACAGUGACGUAGUGAAAUGGAAAAACGACGGGGUUUUUGGAGUAACCUACUGCACACAGGUGGUAAGAUCACCUUGCAGUCGAUCAGAAAGGUUCAUCUACAAGAAGUUCACACUUGGACGCGGCUUGAUAGGAUGAGGUUGAUCUACUUGUGUGUAAUAGUGGGUGUGGUGAUGGGGAGAGAUGAGAAGGUGUCCAUCCCUCAUAUGUACAUCAAGUUGGUGAUGGAUUUUGACAAGGUUCGGAAGUUCCAUUGGGGUCUUCACUCGUAUGAUUUCCUGUUGAGUUCGAUUGAGAAGGCAAUGAAGAAGUUGGGUAAGAAGGAGAGCUACAUUUUCGAGGGUUUCUCCUAUGCUCUCCAGAUUUGGAUUAUGGAGGCAAUUCCUGAUUUUGGAGAAAUAUUAGGCAGAAGAGUCUCAGACAGCUUCAAAGGUCCAAGGUGUGGCAAUUGGAAAGGAGUUGCAAAAGUUUCUUAUGAAGACAUCAUGAGCUCGAGGACUCCUUAACUAAGAAGGAUAACUUCUUCUCGGUCAUAUCAGUGACUGGUAAUGGUGAUGUGUUUCUAGAUGCUCAGUACACAAGGGAGGGUGAGAUGGAAGAUGAACGAGUGGACCUUGUUUUGGGGAGGAUCAGGAACAAGUAUGAUUGGAGCAACACAGACUGGCCAGUUUUAGACCCUGAAGAGUCUAAAAUGGAGGAACCGACAGCCAUGAUAGAGGGUCAGAAGCUGAUAAGAUCGUGGAUCAUACGGAUGUUGUAGCAGACGAGGAGAACUCUUCGGUUAAGGUCGCAGGAAAAGGCAAGAGAAAGUUUCUUGAUGAAGGAGCAGAGACAAGAAAGAAGAAGGUGCUGUGUAAGCGAUCAGCAGAAAAGUUUCUGACUUUUGGUCCUGAAACUAUGAGUUUCAUUGAGGGUCUUAUCCGCACAUCUGUCACUUCAUUGGGAGAUGUGCUCAGUAUGCAAAUGGCGAAUAUGGAGAGGGUGUUUACAGAGAGGAUGGGAAAGAUGGAGAUUGAGGUUUCACAGCUCAAGGACGCAAUCAGUUUGACUGGUGAAGGAAGCUAUCCUAGUAAGAAAGAAACUGAAGAAGCUCCACUAAACAGCAAAGCCAAGGAAGCUCCACCUAAGAGCAAAGGCGCUCAAGCUCCACCUAAGAGCAAAGGCGCUCAAGCUCAACCUAAGCGCAAAGGCGAUCAACCUACUCCAACAAAAAAGGACGGGAAAAAGAUUGCUACAGAAACUAAUGAUUUUGAUUUUGGAUUGAGUACACAAGACUUGCGGGACCUGUCCCAAGCUACAUUUGUUGACGGUUUUGAUCUGUCUCAAGUGAAAGUUGAGACGUUAAGUAAAUCGAAACCGUUUAACAUGGCUCCACUGCAGUGGAAUGAUGAGGAAAUGGAUCGAACCAAAGAAGACUCGCCAGAUGCCGCGUUGGUGUUUUUCCGUGAAGAGGAUUGGGAAAAAGUUAGAACUUGGUCAACUUCCUCCACACCUAUACGGAUUGGACCUGCCACUUUAGAUUUUGAGAUUGCUAAUCGUCUUAUGGAUAAAUCUGAGUGGUUAAAUAGCUUGGAGAUUGACGCUGCAAUGUACGUAUUCCGGGAGAGAACAUCUUUGAAACGAUGGAGACCUCAUCGUGUCGCCUUCAUGACUGUCGUCUUCAGCAAUAUGAUUAAAAAAGAGUAUGGUCAUUUAGAAGCUCAGGGUAGAAAGAGCUACAUGCUUCAUAAUUUGCUACUGCAGUUCGGUAAAGGAGUCCUUCCACCACAUGGCAGGACACAUGAGAUAUGGAAUAUAGAUGUGGAUCGCCUGUAUGUCCCUGUUCAUGUCAGUGGGAAUCAUUGGAUCGCCUUGUGCAUCAGUUUCGUGACGAGGAGCAUUGAAGUGUUCGACUGCUCGGGUAAGAAAAGGUACAAGGAGGUGGAUGGGUUCGCAAACCUUAUUCCGCGUAUUGUCAAGGCAGUUCAGCCUAUGAGACACCAGAAGGAUUUCGCAGUCGGUGCAUAUACUGUUUCCUAUGUCCCCGUUGGGAAUCUGAAUAAAAGUGCAUGCGACUGUGGCGUCUAUGCAGUGAAGUUCAUUGAGUGUCAUGCGCUUGGAUUGGAGUUGUCGUUGUUGCAUGAUGGUAACAUUAUCGAAGCUCGCCACAGGAUUCUAUGGGAUCUUUGGGAAGCAGCUAAUGAUCCGGAAUUGAUUGAUAGGAUGUCAAAGUAUCAAUCCCCGGAGUGUCUCUCUUCGACUGUAGAAGAGAUUUUGUGAGACUGCUUGGUUUCAAGUUCUAAUGUAAUGAACAAGAUUGCUUAAUCUGAUGUAUAACUUCUAGAUUUUAUUAUCAUUUUUAGGAACAAGACUGCUUAGUUUAUUGUAUAACUUCUAGUGUUUAAUUAUGAUUUUUAGGAUUGACUCUUGUAAUCAAAUGUACAUCUUGUGGUUUUGUUA